AUGUUUAAAGAACCGUCAGUUAUUAGCGAUGAUAUGCUAAAGGAAGCAACCAAGUUGCCUGAAAAUGGGCAACAAACCUAUGAAGAUGUUAAGAAUAUUUUAAGGAUCGAUUUUUUGUGGGAAUUCAAAAAUAUAACAAAACUGCAGUUGAAUAAUAAUCACAUAGAAAAGAUUGAAGGGCUAGACCAUCUUGUUAAUCUUCUUUGGCUAGAUCUCUCAUUUAAUGAAAUCACGUCCAUCACCGGACUGAGCAAUCUAGUCAAAUUACAAGACCUUUCUUUGCACAAGAACAAUAUCAGCUCGAUUUCGAACUUACAUGCGUUUGAAAAGCUACAGGUCUUUUCGAUCGGUGGCAACAAACUGUCUGAGCUAAAUGAAAUCAUUCACCUCCGAAAAUUUCCCGAGCUCAGAGUGUUGAAUGUCGAAAAUAAUCCUUUCUGCAGUAAUGAAGACACAGAAGGCUUUAUCCUUGCUUUCCUUCCUAAGCUUGUUUAUUUAGACUACGGGCUUUGUGAUGAGCUAAAGAGGUCAAAUGCAAUAGAAAAGUACCAUUUAAAGUUACGCGAAGUUCAAUCGCAGGAAGAAUCCGCCCAGAAGAAAGCAGAACUUGAAGAAGAGGCCAAGCGACUUCAAGAAAAGUACAAAGAGGCAUUUAUUGAUGGUUUAGAAGACGGAAAGCUUUUUGUAUCGGUUUUUACGGAUUCGGCCGAUAACGUUCUGCCCCAACUACCUGGAUGUUCAACUAUAGUCGAAAGAUAUCCUUUAAAGUACACUUUUAAUCAUAAUCAGUGCCUUAUUGAUGCUAGUCUAAUUGUAUCGAUAAUAGCAAUUAGUGAGGAAUUAUUUAACUGUGGAAUUCGCGAAAGAGAUGAGCGAGACGCUGAAGUCGAAAAUGUCAUAUAUAGCUUGUCGGAAGCGAAGGCUGGGAUCAAGGAAAACUGUCUUCGUCUUAUCGAGGAUUUUCAAACUAACAAAAACGCGAGAUUUGAAAAAUUGGCUAGACUAGAAGAUGCGCGGGAGGUGCAGACAUCGUUAGAAGAGUACCGCAAAGAAAUCAAUAACCUAUGGAACAAACUUAUGGGCUUCGAAGUUUCUUUAAUGGACCAAAUGGACGAUAUCAUUAAGGAGUUCGAAACAACAAUGAACGACCUAGUUGACAGAUUUAUACAAAAUGUGGAGGACUACAUGGGCACAUGCCGAGAUGCGGAGCUGCAUUAUUACGAGCAAAUGUCUGAGCACUGUUUUCAACUUCUCGAACGGAUUGCCAAAAAUGAAGUCCGGCUCAGUCUGAACGAGGAUCUGUUUGAGGUAAACGAAGUGUAG